CCCCAGUAAAAAAAAAAAUUCAAUUGAGUUUCAGACCAUUUUUAUUUCUAAAAUUUACGGUAGAUUAUUAUUUGCGGAGAUGUAUGGUGUCGGUGGAUCGGGGUUGGCAGAGGUGUACGCAAUAAGAAAAAUUUACAAGGAGAACAUGAAAAGAAUAAUUGAGGCCGCAGCAGCAAAAGAAGAUAAAGACAAUGUUGCAGAGAAGACUAAAAUGGGGGAAAUGAAGAAACCAAAGAAAAGUCUCCAGACUAAUACGCGGGUUUCCUCUGUAGAUAUUUAACAAUCUCUGUAGCUGUGCAUUUAACUUUAACUGUUUUAUGUUGGGUUCAGUUUGUUGUUUACUGUAAAUUAUUUUUCACUAUCAAGAAACAUUUUAUUUUACUUUUAUGGUUAAAUCAUCCGAUAAAUAUAAAUAUCCUUCUGUCGACUAGAUGCGAUUUCAGCUGUAUUUCUC